CGUUGACAUUUCAGCUGGUACAUAUUGUAAUUCGUAUAAUGAAAAUUUCAUAAUUUAUUUUCAAUUUUCAAAUUAAUGUGUGGUAAUAUAUGUUCUUUACUGCUCACUGAAAAUUGUUGUUUUUGUAAUUCAUAGCUAUUUGUGCAGUUAGUGGUUGCAGCUUAGUUCCCAUAAAAAGAGCUUACUAAGGAAUUCAGCAAUGUUCUUGACUAAGGAACACUCUGGAAACUGUCCAGAGGAGUCUUCACAAGACUUAAGCACAGCACAAAAGAGGAGAAUCAGGCGCAAAAGGCUCCAAGCAGCCCGCACCACCAAUCCUAUUACCACCCAUCAAACCAUCAAUAUUAUUGACAGCAUCCGAAGAGAUAUUUCAUUCUUACAAGCCACAAACAGCUCCCUUGUACUAGAAAUAGACCCAUUACCAAUCAAGUCUAAAUGCAAAAGUUACGAUAUAGAAAAACUUAUAAAGCCUAAAGAAGUUCAAGAAUCAAAAAUGUCUUCAACAGAGAAAUCUAGAGAGGAAGUUAAAGCUGCCAGAGAAGCUAAGAAACUAGCAAAACAGAAGAAGAAAGAACCAGAACAGAAGGGACAAGAAGGAAGGGGUGCUAAAGAUCUAGCAGUCACAGAAAAAAAUGUUAAAGUAAGUCCUGUCAAAGGCAAAGAUGAGGUUGACAAGGCUGUCAUUCACGCAGAGAAAACUAUAGUUAAAGAAAGAAAUGUAGCAGUGAAAGAAGAAAUUAAGGCUAAAGUAAAUACAGUUACUAAACCUGCUGGAACAACGGAGAAAUCAGAAAGUACUGCCACAUCCGCAGAUGAUAAGGCUAAAGAUCAAAUCAAAGCAGAAAGAGCAGCUAAGAAAGCAGCCAAGCAAGCUAAGAAGAAGGGGUCAGAAGGAGAUGCUCCUACAGGAGAUGGAGAGAUGACUGUUAAAGAUGUUGUAAAUACAUUGAAGGAUAUCGCCAUUGUUGCUAAAGAAGUACAGGAUGUAACUGCUAAGGUGCAGGCAAUUCACUUGGAUGGGAAAAAGUCAGAAGAAUCAGGCAAGAGUAAAGCGGAGCUGAAGGCCGAACGGCGAGCCAAGCAAGAGGCUCAACGAGCAGCAAAGCAGGAUGCCACUGCUGCCAAGCCUGUGGCCAAGCCCGCUGACAAGCCUAAAGAUACGACUGCACCAGCCCAGACAACUAUGGACAAGGAGAAAUCCCCCAAACCGAAAACAUCAGAGAAAUCUAAGCCGAAGACGCAGGUGGCGCAGCGAGUAAGCUGGUUCCAGCACCUCAGCGUGGACUCGGACAAGCAGCAGAAAAUCGCCAUCAACUCCAAUUUGCACCCCGCCAUCAUCAAGUUGGGCGUGCAGUUGUCUUCGCGAGUGGUGUCCGGAUCGAACGCCAGGUGCAUAGCGUUACUGGACGCUUUGAAGAAGAUGGUAUCAGACUACACCCUCCCAGCGCGAACGGAAUACGCUCGCGGCCUCGAAACGCACCUAAAGGAGAGUCUAACGUAUUUGUGGGGCAUGCGACAACCCACAGCCUCGCAAGUCAAUGCCGUCAAGUUCUUCAGGCACCAUCUGACGCAGCUGCCGCAUAAUGUGGACGAGUUUGACGCCAAGAAGAUACUGCAUGAAGAAAUAGACCGAUACAUACGGGAACAGAUCGACAUGGCGGGCGAAGCCAUCAGCAUCGCAGUACGCAAUAAGAUCUCGCACGGGGACAAGAUACUCACUUAUGGAUGCUCAUCCCUAAUAGAGCGCAUCUUCCGCGAAGCGUGGGCCGCGGGCGUCAAGUUUGAAGUUGUAGUCGUCGGCAACAGAAUACACCCCCAAGGCAGAGAGAUGCUGCGUCGAUUGGUCAAAUAUGGAGUGCCUUGCACAUAUCUGGACAUUACAGCUGCCAGUUAUAUCAUGCAGAAGAUAAGUAAGGUCCUCCUCGGCGCGCAGGCCCUGCUGGCGGACGGGGCGGUGCGCGGCGCGCUGGGCUCGGCGCCGCUGGCGCUGCUGGCGCGCGCGCGCAACGUGCCGGUGCUGGUGGCCGCCGAGACGCACAAGGUGUCCGCGCAGGUGCAGGCCGCGCCCGCCGACCACAACGAGCUAGGUGACCCCGACGACCUGAUAGACAAGUCCGACCCCGACUCGCCCCUGAAGGACUGGCGCAACAACCCGAACCUGACGCCGCUAAACCUCACGUAUGACGUCACACCACCCAGCCUAGUCACCGCCGUGGUCACGGAGCUAGCCAUCCUGCCUUGUACUAGCGCCCCUGUCGUGCUUAGGUUCAAGUUAUCUGAGUAUGGUAUAGUGGCGGAGUAACUUGGUUAGGUUACGUUCCUACCCUUUAAGGCCAGGGCACACCGGCUGCGUGUGACUUAGACCCGUGCACCACACGUCACGCAAGCGGUGUGUCGUCUCUCAUAAGUAUCUGUAUAUUACAUCUACGCACACGCAUCCGGUGUGCACAGGUCUUUAGUUUCAAUAUAACUGUGAAAUCCGUAUAAUCUAUUAAUAGUACCAGUUGAGUGUUAUAAAAGAAAUGUUCUCGCGAAAUUGACUUACUAGGUAUGCCUGCGAAAAGAGAAAGCAACUGUCUAUUUUAACCUUUUGACAGCCACAGUCGGCUGUGGCCGUCAUCGGAAAGUCUUGCCAAGGACGCCAACGACGUCUACAGCCGUCAGCUUCGCCAAUGCAAUAGGGACACACGCGGAAUUCCGUAAAGUUCAAUUUCGCUUGAAUAAUCGCGAUCGCUUGGCUUCCGGGGCACUGGCAUUCAAAAGGUUAAUCAAAACACCUAGAUACGUUGGAAUAGAAAUAAAGUUUGUAAAACUUUACAUGUGCUUACAUUACACUAAACUUUUCUAGUAAUCUGGUUCGAAGACGUGGACCAAAAACAACUUGCCUAGGAGAGACAAAAUGCCAAACUAAAUGGUCAUUGACUGUAGGAGUGGUGCUAUGGAUUUCAACAUGGAGAAUAUUUUAUCAUACUUUUGUCCUUAUUGAGCUUGUAAGGAUUAUGGACAAAAUAUGGUGUAAAUUUAAUAUUUUAUAAGCAACACUGACUUCUUUAGAAGUAGGAAGAUAAUAGAAUGGUUUAGCUUUCUAAUCCAAUAUCAGACAGUAUAAUUAUACUUUUUAAAUCAUUUAUUUACA